ACCUCCUUGACUUUUCAAAAAGACAUUUCAUUCAUGAACGCACUAUCUUCCUCUGUGUUUAUGUGUGUUAAAAAAUUGGUUUAUUGGCUUAAUUAAAAGAUUAAGACUUGGUAUAAUGGUCAGAAGAAGAAAUUAUCGUGUUUUUUCUGACGCUGUCUUUGUUUAAAAAUAUUUUUUACAUUAAAAUUUGAUUUACUAGUCAUUUCAACACAUAUAUUAUUAUUAUUCAAGAUGUCUCUAAAAAGGGAUUUGAAGCUGCUCUUAAAACCUUAUUAUAUCAUAAACUUACUUAUGUCCUUAGGUUACCUUAUGGCAAAAAAAAUGCCAGGGGUUUGCAAUAUUCUAUUUCCUUCCUCCAAACCUGUUUGUGAACUUGACUCUAGAGAAACAGAAAUUUUAUUUUUCCUGGCAGUUGUAGUAAUGAUAAGAUCUCGAAAAACAGGCAGUGUUACUAUGUUAAAUUAUCUUACCUCUAGCUUUGUUUAUACAAAAAUUGCGAAUUUAAUACUAUGGUUCUAUUCUGAUAUUAGGAUGGGUUUGGUUUAUGGAGUCUUGUUUGUUCUCAUUGGUUUAUUAGUUCCGGAACCAACAUAUAGUGGUCCUGACAAAGUAACAUAUUUUCGAACUGCCAAUGGCCUAGAUGAUGAAAUAAACAAUGACAAAAGAGUUGUUUGGAUUGUUGCUUUUUACACUGCUUGGAACCCUUCAUGUGUGAAUUUCGCUCCUGUUUUUGCCCAACUCUCCGCUGAUUAUGAUUUGGAUAAUUUGAAGUUUGGUAAGAUAGACGUUGGUCGUUAUCCUGAAGCAGCAGUUAAAUACCAUGUUAAUGAUUCUUCGUUGAGCAAACAAUUACCUACUAUAAUUUUAUUUAAAGAUGGAAAGGAGGCAGUGCGCCGGCCAAUGGUUGACUCUAAAGGAAAGUUGGUUAAAUUUUUUUUUACUGAGGAUAACGUAAAAGCUGCAUUUGAUUUAAAUAAUUUGUAUAAGGAGUGCAAGAGCAAUCCAUUGAAGAAAAAAAAGAUGUUAGCAGCUAGUGAGGACCAUAUUAAAAAGGAGUAGGGCUUUUUAGAUAUAAAGGAAAAUUAGAUUUUAAAAUUUAUAAAGAUAUUGUAUUUAGGAUCAAUUUUAAAAUUUACUCAAGUGUCAUUUUUAACUUUUAAGAUAUAAAUGUAAGAAUGAUAUGUUUGUUUAUCAGUAUUUUUUUUUUCUUGAAUUGAUUUUAAACUCCAUUUUUCUUUAAUUUUGUUUUUAAAGAACUGAUUUAUUAUUGGAGUGAAUAAUAUCUUCCUUUUUCAUUGACUGUCGAACAAUCUGCAUUUGUUUUAAUUAUUUAAGAUAAUGACUUUAAAUCUCAUAGAUUUGGUGCUAUUGUGUCAUUAUGAAUAAACCAAAGA